CAGUCCGUCAACAGACGUCAGAGUGAACGGAUGUCACUAUGGGGAGAAUUACGUUUUUAUUAGUUUCAACAUUUCUAUACUAUGUUCAAGCAGCUCAGUAUACAGUUCCUCCUGCUACAUUAGAAGCUAUUUAUCCUAGAGGACUUCGAGUCACAGUACCAGAUGAUGGAUUCAGCCUAUUUGCAUUUCACGGAAAACUCAACGAAGAAAUGGAAGGGCUAGAAGCUGGACAAUGGUCAAGAGAUAUAUUAAAACCCAAAAAUGGAAAGUGGAUAUUCAGAGAUAGAAGCGCGAAGUUAAAUAUUGGAGAUAAGAUUUACUUCUGGACUUAUGUUAUCAAGGAUGGUCUGGGAUACAGACAAGAUAAUGGGGAAUGGACCGUUACAGGGUACGUCACAGAAGACGGCACACCGGUCGAUCCAAACACAGUACCAUUGCCAACACCUGGCCCAACAGUUAUCCCAGCGUCUGGGACCACACCUCCCGCACCUCCCCCUCCCACGCAACCACCUUCUUGCAAACGGUCUGCUAGUGCUGUCCAUGGUCGUAUGGGUGUCUGUACUGGCCAGUUGCUCUUCAGCGAAGAGUUUGAUAAGCCCAGUGUUAAGGAUCUUGGUAAUUGGGAAGUCGAGGUCAAAUUUCCGGAGGGACCCGAUUACCCAUUCAACUUAUACUUGCCAGACAGUUUGAAAAUUGAAGAUGGCGCUUUAGCAAUUUCCCCCAUCCUUACCGAAGACAAAUACCAGGAAGGCAUUCUAAUGCAGUCCUUAGACUUAUCUAGCACGUGCACAGGUAUAAUUGGAACAACAGAGUGCAGUCGACAAGCUUCCGGGGCGCAAAUCCUGCCACCUGUAAUAACAGGCAAAAUGACUACUAAAAACAAGUUCAGUUUCAAAUUCGGCAAAAUUGAAAUACGUGCCAAAUUGCCCAGUGGCAACUGGUUGAUACCAGAAUUGAAUUUAGAACCUCGCGACAAGGUCUACGGUAUUCCUCGAUAUGAGUCUGGGCUUAUAAGAGUCGCUUUCGCCAAAGGUAACCCAAUAUUUGCCAAGAAACUGUACGGAGGACCAAUCCUCUCUGACUCUGAGCCAUACCGAUCCUAUUUAAUGCGAGAGAAGAUUGGCAUCGAAAGCUGGAAUAAGGAUUAUCACAUUUAUACUUUAGUUUGGAAACCAGAUGGCAUUGAUCUAUACGUAGACGGUGAACAGUAUGGUACAAUUGAUGCAGGAGAAGGGUUCUUUGCUAGCGCCAAAGCAAACGCGGUUCCUCAUGCAGCUGCGUGGCUGAAGGGUUCUGUUAUGGCUCCUCUUGAUCAGAUGUUCUACGUGAGCCUUGGCCUUCGCGUGGGAGGCGUUCACGACUUUGCAGACGCACCAGAAAAACCUUGGAAGAACCGAGCCAGCAAAGCGAUGUACAACUUCUGGACCUCGAAGGAUACCUGGUACCAAUCGUGGUACGAAACACAGAUGAAAGUGGAUUAUGUCAGAAUAUACGCUCUGUGAUA